CAGUUUUUGGUUUCACUUUGCUAGAUGAACAAGCACCUCCUAGCCAUUUCAGAGAAAACGAAACUGAUAACAAAGCUGCUUUGCUUUUAGUCUUUCUCUCGAUCAGCCUCUGAGUGCAGUAAAAUGGCAGAAGCCAGUAUUUCAAUAGAUCAGGAGCAUUUUAGUUGCUCAAUCUGUCUGUAUCUACUGAAGGAGCCAGUGACUACUCCAUGUGGACACAGUUUCUGUAUGGUGUGUAUUAAUGGGUUUUGGGAUGAAGAAGACCAGAAGAAAGUCUACAGCUGUCCACAAUGCAGAGAAGCAUUUGCUCCAAGACCUGUCCUUCGCAAAAGCAAUGUGCUGACUGAGAUUAUCGACAUACUGCAGAAGACCGAACAGCAAACAUCUUUUGCUCAAUCUUUAAAAAUCAUUUCCCAUGAAGCUCAGGAUGUGGAGUGUGAUUCCUGCAUCGGUGUCAAAGAGAAAGCUGUGAAGUCUUGCCUGACAUGCCUGGCUUCAUACUGUGAUACACAUGUUCAGGCUCAUCACGAAUCUCCUGCUUUCAAGAAGCACAUGCUUAUCACAGCCCUGAGUAACCUCCAGGAGAAAACAUGUGCUCAACAUUGCAAGCUUCUUGAAGUUUUCUGCCGCACGGAUCAGAGAGUGAUCUGCUACCAGUGUUCGAUGGACAAACACAAAGAUCAUGAUACCGUCCCAGUUCAAGAUGAGUGGAUGGAAAAAAAGAAGUACUUUGGGGAUCUACAACAAAAACAUCAGAAUAGACUUGAGAGCAGAGAGAAGACAUUGCUGGAGCUAAAGGAUGUGAUAGAGGCUUACAAGCGCUCUGCACAGGAAGCAGUGGAGGACAGUGACAAAGUCUUCGCUGAGCUGCUCCUCUCUAUUGAGAAAAGACGAUCUGAGGUGACUGAACUGAUCAGAGCUCAGGAGAAAGCUGAACUGGCUCAAACUGCAGAAGUAAUAAAGCAGCUGGAGCAGGAGAUUGCUGACCUUAAGAGAAGACAAGCUGGGCUGGAAAAGUUGUCACAGACCACCGGAUAUGUCCAUUUCCUCCAGAGAUUUCAGUUCCUGAGUCCUGAACUGGAAACUGCUGACACUUUUAAGGUUGAUUUCAAUCGCCAGUGGUCAUUUGAGAAUUUUAAGAAAUCUAUAAUCCAACUAAAAGAGGAAAUAGAAGACUUCUGCAAGGAAAAGGUUGAGAAAGUUUCUGAAAAUGCAGUGACCUUUGACCAGAUCAUUAUAAUGCCUGAGCCAGAAACCAGGGAGGAAUUCCUGAAAUAUUCUUGUGAGCUAUCUCUUGAUCCCAACACAGCAAACUAUAACCUUGAGCUGUCAAAUGAUGACACGCACGUGACAUGUGACAAUAAACCCCAUAAAUACCCUGAUCACCCUGAGCGAUUUACAUUCUGGCAACAAGUGCUCUCUAAGCAGAGUGUGUCUCCGCGUAGUUACUGGGAGGCUGAGGUAGAUGGUGAAAAUGGAGUUUCCAUUGCUGUGUCUUAUAAAGAUAUCAUCAGAAAAGGAUCUGAAAAGGAGGGUCGUUUUGGACAAAAUGCACAGUCAUGGAGAUUAGUUCGAUAUCCUAAAAAAUACUGUUUCUGGCAAAAUGAUACAAAGACUGAUAUCUCUGGUCCAAUAUCCAAAAGAAUUGGGGUCUAUCUUGAUCAAAAGGCAGGAACUCUGUCCUUCUACAGUGUUUCUAAUAAAAUGACCCUAAUUCAUAAAGUCACAACCACAUUCACUCAGCCCCUGUAUGCUGGGUUUGGGAUAGGUACUGGCUCCUCUGCAAAGAUUUGUCUUCAAGCCUCAGCAGCUAUAACUGCUGCUGCUGCUGCUGAGAGUUUGGAGAAAAAAUGAGUUGUGGUUUAAUAAAAGAUGCAAUUAGAAAGUUUGGAAAUAUGAUUUGUCCUUUUGAAGAGCUUAGCAUUUGCUUAUUGGUCAUUGGUCUUAGAAACAUGGAACUGGGUUCAUAUUAUGCACCUCUAUGAGUUAACUUCAAAUACAAGUAUUUUUCCAAUCCAAUUGUUUGUACAUUUUCCAAAUCCUUACUAAAUUAUGGGCAGUGCUGUCUCAGUGGUUAUGCUUCUCUGCUACAAAUGGGAAUAUUAUUCCAAUGCCACCAUGCUCCCUCUUUCGACUGCUAAGCAAAGUACCUACCCCUGACCCAUACCCUGUUCAUACCCCUUGAGAGGCGCUGUACCAUGGCUGUGUUCUGUCCCUUACUUCCUUCCAGGCAGUGAUAUGCAAAGAAAGCAUGUGCUUAUAGUGUACACAUCUUCACAUGUACAAUGCUAAUUAAGAACAGCCUUAUUUGUUUCUUUCUUUUAUUUCUUGGUAUUCAGAGACUUUGGGUAGUCUUAGAGUAAAUAGUUCUGCAAAAUUUGUUUAGUGUUAUUCAGAGAGUUUAGCUGUAACAUCUAAAUCAGCAUGGAGUUUGCCAGAUUCAGUUAGAUAGAACUCAUUGUAAUCAAAUUACAAGAUGUGGUGACAUAAAUAUUUGUUUCAACUUGAUCUCUAAUCUAAUCUCUAAUCACAAAUGCAAAACAGUAAUUGCUUAUUAGGAGCUAUGCUUGAUAAAUGCCACUUGGAAUUAUAUGCUCUAAUUAUAUUGUAUUAAGUUAUAUGUUGUAAUCAUUAAUUUGGCACAAAUAAAAGUUAAUUAGGAAACCA